AGGGAUAUCUCAUUAUAUAAUUUGUCAUAAAAUGAAUGGGAGAUUUGUAACGAGGAGUAUCUUAUUAUAGAAAGCGAGAAUUUAUUUUCCUCUUAUUUGAGGGAAUUAUUUAAAUUUUUCUAAAAUCUCAGUUUUGAUUAUUAGCGGCUGCCGAAACCCUGACAAUUUAGUCCAGUCUACUCCUACGGAAAUUGGUUGAUUGGAUCCCACGCGUAAAUUGGAGAGAGAGAGAGAGAGAGAGAAUCGAAUCAAUGGCGCGCCAAGCCACCAGACUGAUCGGCAGCCUGUCGUCGCGGCUGCGUUGCCCUAAGCAGCUUCAGCAACACCGCAAUUUUGGAUCGCCGCCGCCGCCUCCCGCUGUCUUCGUCGACAAAAACACCCGUGUCAUCUGCCAGGGCAUUACUGGAAAGAACGGCACCUUCCACACUGAGCAGGCCAUAGAGUAUGGCACCAAAAUGGUUGGAGGAGUUACCCCUAAAAAGGGUGGAACGGAGCAUUUGGGACUCCCUGUUUUCAACUCUGUGGCUGAAGCCAAAGCUGAAACAAAGGCUAAUGCAUCAGUGGUUUAUGUCCCUCCACCUUUCGCUGCUAAAGCAAUUUUGGAGGCAAUGGAGGCUGAAUUAGAUUUGGUUGUAUGCAUCACGGAGGGUAUACCCCAGCAUGACAUGGUUCGUGUGAAGGCUGCUUUAAACACGCAGUCAAAAACUCGCCUCAUUGGUCCAAAUUGUCCUGGCAUUAUCAAGCCUGGGGAGUGCAAAAUUGGAAUUAUGCCUGGAUAUAUUCAUAAACCAGGGCGUAUUGGAAUUGUUUCCCGAUCUGGUACACUGACUUAUGAAGCGGUUUUCCAAACUACUGCUGUUGGCCUUGGGCAGUCAACAUGUGUGGGAAUUGGUGGUGAUCCUUUCAAUGGAACAAAUUUUGUUGAUUGCUUAAAAAAGUUUCUUGUGGAUCCUCAAACAGAAGGUAUUGUUCUUAUUGGUGAGAUAGGUGGAACAGCAGAGGAGGAUGCUGCUGCCCUUAUAAAGGAAAGUGGUACUUCAAAGCCAGUUGUUGCAUUUAUUGCUGGACUCACUGCUCCACCUGGUAGAAGAAUGGGGCAUGCAGGAGCUAUUGUAUCAGGAGGCAAGGGUACUGCACAAGACAAAAUUAAAACCCUAAGAGAAGCUGGGGUUACUGUUGUUGAAUCGCCUGCAAAGAUAGGCAGUGCAAUGCUUGAGGUCUUCAAACAGAGGGGUCUUGUUUGAUCCAGUGAGUUUAACAAAAACGAAGCAGUUUCUCGUAUUUGCUCGAGCCGUGAUACAGCAUAAAGUAAAACUAUAUGUUUCUAAAUCAAUUUUCAUUGCCCCAUCGGUAGAAAAGAACUUGGAUUAGGUGUUAAUUGUGAUUGUGUAAAUUUUGGUGUGUUGAGGAGCAGUCGGCCAGUGUUCUAUUCUUUACCAGGGAACAAUUUGUGAGCAAAUACCAUGCCAGAAUUUAUUUAUUAAGAAAUGCGGAUCUAUGCUUAGGAUA